AUGGCUACAUUCGGCGGAGACGAAGUUUCAGCUUUAGUUUUAGAUGUUGGUUCGUAUUGGACUCGUGCCGGAUACGCCGGUGAAGAUACUCCAAAAGCUGUCUUUCCUACUUCGUAUGGAUACAUUCCGGAAGCAGAAACAGCUGCUCCAAAUAUCGAUGAAGAUACUAUCAUGAAGAAUGCAGACAGUGACGCGACGAAGGGCGAAAGCGCGUUCGCUGAAAAUACCCUUAACAAAAAGGAGAAAGGAAAAUACAUAAUAGGAGACGCGGAAGUGGCAGCAUGGAGAUCUAACAUGGAAAUUAAAAAUCCUCUCGUUGACGGCUUGGUACAAGAUUGGGACGCGCUGGAAAAAAUUUGGGAUCAUGCAUUGCUUAAGAGACUGCAAGUAGAUCCAACAGAACAUCCAUUAUUCGUAACAGAAGCAGCUUGGAACACUAGAGAGAUUAGAGAAAAACUUACUGAAAUCGCGUUUGAAAAAUAUCAAGUGUUGGCUUUUUAUGUAGCAAAGAAUCCGGUGCUCUCAGCCUUUGCAACAGGACGCCCAACAGCCGUUGUUCUAGAUUGUGGUGCUAACACUACGAGCUGUGUUCCAGUAGUUGAUGGAUACGUUCUUAAAAAAGGAAUUUACAAACAACCAAUCGCCGGCGAGUUCUUAUCGGAUCAAAUUAUGCAACAAUUCCAAAAACUCGAUAUUAACGUGGUACCACAUUAUUUGAUCGCAAAGAAGACAGUUGUAGAGGCUGAUCAACCAGCCAAUGUUGUACAUCGUGACCGACCGAAUACAACAGAGAGUUAUCAUAAAUCUAUGCAGAUGAGAGUAAUACACGAAUUUAAAGAGUCUGUUUGUCAAGUAUUUGAGUCAACUUACAACGAAUUAGUAAUCUCCGCUCGUCCAAUGAAAACUUUCGAGUUCCCCAAUGGGUUCAACACAUCAUUCGGUAUCCAACGAUUCGACAUACCAGAAAUUCUAUUCAAUCCACCAAAAUUCAUAAUUCAGCCUGAUCGACCUAGCUUCGACACAAAAUCUUUGUUAGGAGUGCACCAAAUGAUCUACCACAGUGUUUUAGCUUGCGAUAUUGACAUGCGUCCUCUUUUAUUGAAUAAUAUUAUUCUAACCGGUGGUACUACUUUGCUACCUGGAUUUGCCGAUCGUGUAAAUUAUGAAUUGUCUAUGAUGGUUCCCGGGAUGAAAGUCAAACUCCAUGCGCCAGGAAAUACUGUUGAACGUAAAUGUAGCAGUUGGCUAGGAGGCUCUAUUUUGGCUUCAUUGGGAACAUUUCAUCAAUUAUGGAUUUCUCGAAAAGAAUAUGACGACCAUGGAGCAAUGAUUAUUGAAAAGAAAUGCGAAUAA